GAUAAAUGUUCCAAAAUAUUAGCCAAGAUACGGCCACCUUUUUAGAAUUAUUGACGAAUAUGAUUCGUCUCUAUAAGCCGUCCCUAUUUUACACACAGCCGCGUACGAAAUUCUGCGGCGGAAGGUUCUACUUAACGGAAAUUUCUGUGAUGCCCAGUCUAAAAAAGCGUAUAACUGCAAUAAUACGCGAUCGUCUUCAUCACCCGUCCCUAUUUUGCACACAGCACCGGAAGGGUAUAAGGCAUUUACAUAGCAAAAAAAUAAUCCAUCGUGAUCUCAAACCAAACAACCUGUUGCUUUUCGAUAACUUUAAAAUAUUGAAAAUAGCUGAUUUUGGUAAAGUGAAACAACUGUCCACUGUUAAUACGAAAAUGACUGGUACAUUUACUUAUAUGGCUCCAGAAGUCUGUGAUCCUAAAGGAAGGGGAAACUACACUGAAAAAUGUGAUAUUUUUAGCUUUGGGAUUAUUUUCUGGGAAGUAUUGUCUAGGAAGAAGCCCUUUUAUGAGUUUAAAGAUAUGCAUCCAUUUGCUAUUCAACAUAAAAUUUUGCGAGGUUAUCGUCCUAAUGUAAAUGAUUUUAAAAUUGGGACUUAUCUUAAGAUGGAUAUCAAGGAAUUAAUAAAAAUGUGCUGGCAUAAUGAUCCAAAAAAACGGCCGAAUAUAGUUUUCAUAGAUAAUACUCUACAUAACAGACCCAUCUAA